UCCCAGCGGCCCUUGUCCAUAGAUAUGGUCUCCCCGUAUCACGUGACGGCCUGCGUUGGAAGUGACGUAAGAACCGGAAGUGCUCGCAGUCCAAGCCGGUAAAUCGGGCCUCUCCAGGUACCAAUGGUAAAUCCAAGGCCCUCACAUUACAGAUGCCAUCAUGAUCUCUGAGCUCUUCAUCCUGUCCUCCAAAGGCGACCUUCUCAUACACAAGGACUAUCGAGGUUGCUCUGCACACUCCAAUGUGGCUGAUGGUCUUUAUCUCAAACUAUCUUCUGUGCCAUCAGACCAGGCACCUGUAGUCACGGAACAUGACGGCCAUCACUAUAUCCACGUGCGGAAUCAAGGCCUGUUCUUUGUCGUCAACGUUAGCCCUAGAGAUUCCCCAUUUAUGUACAUUGAGCUGCUGAACCGACUGGCUUCCCUCAUCAAAGAUUAUUGUGGGGACCUUAGUGAGGCUGUUGUACGACUCAACUUUGCCCUGAUUUAUGAGUUACUGGAUGAGAUUCUGGACUAUGGGUAUAUCCAGACCACAUCCACAGAGAUGCUUAAGAAUUUCAUCCAGUCAGAUGCUGUGGUCAGCAAGCCUUUCAACCUAUUGGAUAUGAGUAGCGUGGGGCUGUUUGGAGCAGAGACCCAGCAGAGUAAGGUGGCUCCGAGUUCAGCUUCCAGUCGGCCAGUGCUGUCUUCCCGUCAUCAGCAGGGAGAGCAAAAUGAAAUCUUCUUGGAUGUUACUGAACGUAUGACAGUCGCUAUAGGAGCAAAUGGCUCACUCUUAAAGGCUGACGUUCAAGGUGAACUUCGACUAAAAAACUUCUAUGCAAAUUGUCCAGAGCUGCGAAUUGGAGUCAGUGAAGAGUUUUGUGUUGGGAGCUCGGAGAUCAGAGGAUAUGGCUCUGCUGUGCGUGUGGACGGCUGUCAGUUCCAUGAGUCGGUCAAACUGGAAGAAUUUGAGAGCAAUCGCAUCCUGAAGGUUGUGCCGCCCCAGGGUGAGCUCACAGUCAUGCAGUACCAGAUUUCCGACAGUCUCAGCACUACCCUCCCAUUCCACUUGUUCCCUAGCUUGGAGAGAGAGUCUGGCAGCAGCCGAUUGCGAAUGUAUUUGAAAUUACACUGUGAUCUGAGUCCCAAGAGCCAAGCAAUUAAUGUCCUUCUACAGAUACCUGUACCAAAGGGAACCAGCAGUGUCUCUCAGGAACUCAGCAGUCCAGACCAGAGUGCAGAGCUGUUACUGAGCUCACAGUCUCUUGCUUGGAGCAUUCCCAGGAUCCGUGGAGGGACACAACUGUCGGCUCUCUUUAAGGUGGAUAUCUCUGGUAGCGUUUCCCUUCCAUCUCUACUUGACCUGCCUCCUCUGAACCUCUCCUUCCAGAUCCCAUCCAUCACCUGCUCUGGUCUUCAGAUUCGAUUCUUAAGGCUACCGAGUGAUCGUCCAUCCCAAGUCCAUACAUGGGUUAGGUACCUGACUCAGAGUGACUCUUACAGUGUUCGUUUAAGGUGACUGCAGCAGCUUAAACCUUACUUGACUAGCUACGCUUCCUAUAUGCGGUGUAAGGAAAAUGACUUGCAUAAUAUGUUGCUGAAGGCACAUGAUUUCAUAUCUUCCACCAACAAACAUCUCAUGGGGUUGAGUUAAAUGAAAAACAAGGGCCUGGAAUUUUGCAACGGAACAAACAUUUAAUGAACGGCGAACUGAACGAGAAACAACUUGGCUUGUAUCGCUAUGGUGAAGAAAAAAAUAUAUAUCGAGGGGGGGUCUAAUUUGCCAGUUCACACAGGGCAAUAGAGUUGCAGGAUUUUGCCCCAGUCCCCAGGGUACCCUCAAUUAUUGUUUAACAAGAAGAUCCUGUGAACUGCAAGUUAGGAAAGAUGUGAGAAAGGUUUCUAAUUCUUUUCCUAAGCAGAAGAACAUCAGAGCAGCCUCUUCCUUUCUCCUGACAACUUCCUUGACUACUUGGUGGUCAGACUGGUGGGAAACUGACCAGCAGGUGGCGCUGUUGUAACAAAAUUCAUUCAUAUUAACAGUACAUGUAUCCCUUAAUAUCUUGGAAUCAAAACAAAAUAAAUAAUGAAGUGCUUAGAA